GGGACCUAAAAAAUACUUAUGCAGAUGCUAUGGCUGAACAUGAAAUAAGCUUCGAGAAAGACUUGGAGAAGGUCAAAACAUGGAGGACAGCUUUGUCUAGGGUACGCGAACUCUCAAGAGAAUAUUGCAGUGACACCAAUUAUACACUGGUUCCGUCCUCUUUGUUUCUUGGGUUUUUUGCUUCUAUAAUGUUGGUUGGACAGGGAAUAUAUCUCACUUCCACUGCACGCAGUCAUGCUAAAGAUAACAACUUGCAUGAAGGUGCACUAAUUGGCGACUUCAAUGGGGAAUUCUGGAGUGUGCACUACUAGAAAAAUGAAUUUUGGCAUCAAGAUCCAUAGCUUUCUACUUUUCGUUCACCCUAAACCCUAUGUUCAACUCCUUUGAUGAUUUUCGUUAAGAUUGGUAUAUGGGUGAGGAAAGUGGAUAUGCUUGAUGGAGUUUCCAUUGUGCGAUCUGAGAAGGUGAAGGAUGAGUUGGUUUUCGAUGGAAAUGACAUUGAGCUUGUUUCUAGGUCAUGUGCCCUUAUCAAUCAGAACAAGGAUAUCAGGAAGUUUCUUGAUGGUAUUUAUGUUAGUGAGAAGGGGACCGCAUUAAUAAAGAAGCUAGAGAAUGAUUUUUUGAAGAGAGAUAAAAGUGGUGGUUAUUUGAAAAGAGUUUAGCUAUAUUGAUAUUGAUUCCUCUUCCACAUCGGUGACUGUCUCUGGCCAGAUUAUUUUAUGAGGUGGUGAAAAAGAUCGUUAUGGGGAAAAAGAUUGGAGCAUGUAUUUAGUAGAAAGUCUAAAUUAAGGAAGCAGCCAAUAUGAUCAGGCGCGCCCCAGUAGAAGUUGAAACCAUGAAAAAGCAACUCGAAAGGAUUCAAGACAUGAUCCAUGAAGCAGAUAGAAAGGCUUCAGGAGAAGCAGACAACCUCAAGCGUGACGAAAUCAAGGAAAUGAUGAAGGAGCUGAUAGAAGCAUCUUUUCAAAUGGAAGAUGUCUUGGACGAGUACAUCUUGUGUGAGCAACAACUAGAAUCUCGUGAUCCUGGAUGUGUAGCGUUCAAUCCUGAAGAGGCUGCUAACUUCAUCAGACCUAUGAUCACACGCGUUCAGCUGGCGUACAAGCUUCAACACCUUAACUCACGAAUUCGUGAAACCAAGGAAAGGUGUCAGAUUCAUGAUGGAUCUUCUUCGGAACAAGGAGAAUGUGGUUCUAGUUCUGGAGGAUACCAAGACCCCAUAGUGCGAAACCUUCGAGAGCAGGCUCCUCUCUACAUAAAGGAAGUUGACGUUGUGGGAUUUGAAGUCCCUAAAGCUGAUUUGAUUUAUUGGUUGGUGGAGGGACAAGAAGAACGUACUGUGAUCUCUGUGGUAGGGAUGGGAGGGCAGGGUAAAACCACUCUUGCCAGGAAAGUUUUUGAAAGCAAGGAGGUAAUUGCACACUUUGAUUGUCAUGCAUGGAUCACAGUAUCACAAACCUUCAGUGUAGAAGGAUUGUUGAGAGACAUGCUGCGACACUUUUACAAAGACACAUUUGUUGCCGAUAUUUCAACAAUGGAUCGAAAGUCACUGGAGGAUGAGGUGAGGAAGUACUUGAAGCUAAAGAGGUAUGUCGUCUUCCUUGAUGAUAUAUGGGAUACAAAGUUAUGGGAUGAGAUUGAAUAUGUCAUGAUUGAUAAUACAAAAAGAAGUAGGAUAUUCAUCACAACUAGAAAAAGGGAGGUUGCACUGUACUUUAAGAAAUCUUCUAUUGUUAAAGUGCAUGAUUUGCAACUUUUAGAUGAAAAUAAAUCUUUUGAGUUAUUUUGUAAGAAAGCAUUUUGGUCUGACUUUGGUGGAUUUUGUCCAAAAGAACUCAAGGAUGUGUCUCUUGAAAUUGUUAAAAAGUGUGAGGGUUUGCCACUAGCCAUUGCGGUCAUUGGUGGUGUUUUAUCUACCAAAGAUCAAUCUGAGUGGACAAGUUUUAGUAAAAAUCUAAGUUCAGAGCUGGAAAAUAAUCCUCAUCUAGAUAGUGUAACAAAGAUUUUAAUUUCUAGUUAUGAUGAAUUGCCUUCCAAUCUCAAACCAUGCUUGUUGUAUUUUGGAAUAUAUCCUGAAGACUACGUAGUUAAUUCAAAGAGACUGAUUCGGCAAUGGGUAGCCGAAGGGUUUGUCAAACAACAAGGGAUAAAAUCUCCCGAAGAAGUAGCAGAAAAAUAUUUGACCGAAUUGAUCCAUAGAAGCUUGGUGCAUGUAUCUUCAUUGGCCAUUGAUGGCAAAGUUAAAAGUUGUCGCGUUCAUGACCUGUUACGUGAAUUGAUCCUUAGAAAAAUAGAGGAGUUAAACUUUUGCCAUUGUAUGCAUGAAGAUGAUCAUGAUCGGUCAAUGUCGUUAGUUUUAAGUGGCAAAAGUCGUCGCCUGUCUAUAGCAACAAUUUCCAGAGGUUUAUUGGGAAACACCGAAAGCUCACACAUUCGGUCUUUACUUUGUUUCACCAAGGGAGAAUUGGUUGAUAACAUUGAUAGUAUGCGAAGAAUCCCUGCAAAAUACAGGCUGCUAAAGGUACUUGAUUGUGAAAAUACUCCCUUUCAUGGAAGUUUUCCUGAGACUUAUUUGAAUUUACUCCACUUGAAGUACUUAAGCUUCAAUAGCACAAGGAUAUUGAAUCUUCCAGAAUCCAUCGGUAAGCUUGAGAACCUGGAAACUUUGGAUGUAAGGGAAACACACAUCGAUUGCUUGCCAAGUGAGAUAGGCAAGCUUAGAAAGCUUCGACAUCUUCUGGGUUCCUUUAUAAGUGAGGAUGGAAGGGAGUGUGGUAUUGGAAGCUUGGAAUCCCUCAGAACACUAAAUAAAAUUCAUUCAGCAUCUAAGUUUACCUACAAGCUAGUCCAUGAAUUGGGAAAGUUGAGCCAGUUAAGGGAGUUGAGAUUUAGCUAUCUGUUGGAUUUGCAGGGAGAACAGGGAAGUGCUCUAUGUUACUCAAUAAAUAAGAUGCAACACUUGGAGAAACUAAGCAUUGCUUGUGAUAGUAAUACUAACUCACAGUCACAGGGAUUCCUUAAUUUGCAUCUUAUUUCACCCCAACCUACGCUUCGAAAGCUUUUCCUACAAGGGAGGUUACACAAGUUUCCAGAGUGGAUUUCAGAACUUAAAAAUCUUGCUCAAUUGACUUUGUCAUUCUCUAUGUUGGCUCAAGAUCCACUAAAAUCAGUAAAAAAACUGCCAAACCUGUUGUCCCUUACCAUGGACAAUUGCUAUAAGGGUGAAAGCUUGCAUUUUCAAGAUGGGGAGUACUUUCAGAAACUAAAGCAUCUAAAACUAGAACAGUUCAAUCUCUUGAAUUCUGUCAUUAUCGAUAAAGGAGCGCUUCAAUCUCUUGAAAAGCUCGUUUUAUGGUUUAUCCCUCAACUCAAGGCUGUACCCUCUGGCAUCCAACAUUUGGAGAAACUUCUAGUUCUUGAUGUUAGUGGUAUGCCUACUAAAUUCAAAAGCAGCAUCAAAUCAUCUGGAAGUCAAGAGCAUUGGAUCAUCAAGCAUGUGCCCCAAGUAAUAGUUUGAAGAUUCAAGAAAAGGUACUGGGUUUCCACUUGUAUGAAAUUCGGAUUCUCCACCAAGCCUUUGACAAAAUUAACUUGGUAUCUUUCUACUUACGGUGAAACUUCAGCUUACAAAGAGUGGUGAUUGAUAGACCACACCAACAGCUUCCAAAUAAAGAGAAUGCAGGAACUUGAUUUUCUUUAUAUAAAUAAGUUAUUCAAGACAUUUUAAUUUGUUUUCUUAUUCAAACUGUGUGUGUCGUAUUAUGUUCACAAAUGUUUCUUGGAUUGUAAGACUUGUUAUGGAUUACAUAUGUCUUUCUUAUUUGGAUUAAGAAAACUUGUUGCUGUUUAAUGGUGUGUAUACAACGUAAGCCUGUUGCUGUCAUUGCUCGCAUUCACGUCUGUCUGCCGCGCACUUGUCGUGGAGGUAACUCUUUCAAACAAAGAGAAUGCUAUUACAACAAGGAAAAUCAGUGGUUCAUGAAACUUUUUCUUUUAUUUGGGUGCAUAAUUUGCAGUACCAAAUAGGUCUUGGAUAUAGUGGUGGUGCUGAUAUACCGUUUAUUUUGUUUAGUCCUGCUGAAUCUUGGAGCAGUACACAAGGUGUUUGUGAAAAUGCUUCAUAGAUUGGAAAUCUCUUUAAGAAAAUUGUAUUUGAUCUGGGUGGAUCUUGGAGCUACUUAUAAGGUUUUUGCCAAAAUUCUUACAAGAUGGAAUUGGGUCUUGCAACUGGUGGAGGGUAUUUGGUUUCUGCAUUAAUUCAAUCCUUGUUGUUGGUGGCGUUAGUGGCGCUAUGUGAGUUUCUAGGAAAUGACAAAUCGAGCUCUCUUUCUGCA